AGACUAGAAGUGCACACACCCUAAUAGUCAAUACAAAGAUCUAUGAAUAUGAUAAUUGCAGCAUGAUAUUGCAAUAUCUAUGUGAUGUGAUGCUGUUAGAAUAUAAAGCCGGUUCAGAAGCAAAUCUCUUUCAGUGUCUCAUACUGUCUCCUUGAUCAGGUGUUGUGGUAGUGGACCUGUGGUAAUCUUCAUUACAGCUUGUAAAGCAGUAUAAAACAUGGCUGACAGUGAAUCACAUGAAUGCAUUAGGGAUUAUGUGACCGCUGGACGUCAGGCUGUAGAGAAUGAAUGGCAGGCUGCAUGGUGGCUGAAAGAAUACAUCAACAAGUUGACUGGAGAGAAACCAAAUUGUCGGAUACUAGUUCCAAUGUGUGGGGCCACUAGAGACAUGCAAUGGUUGAUUGAUGAAGGUCAUGAAGUAAUAGGUCUGGAACUAGUGAAUAAAGCACUGCAGCUCUUUCUUGAUCGACACCGGAUUAGUUACACCACAACUCCUGUAUCCUGCAUCAAUGACGGCAAAUGCUACAAGAGUAAAGACAAGAAGCUUUCUUUGUACAGAUGUAACAUCUUUGAAAUGGAUAUGAGUCUUGUGGGAAAGGUUGACUGUGUCUGGGAUUGUGGUGCUAUGACAGAUAUACCUCCAGCAGAGAGGAAAGACUAUGCUGAGAUCAUUCUAUCUUCUCUCAAUCCUGGAGGAAGAAUACUUGCUGAAACAUUCACCUUUAGAGAGAUAGAAGAAGAGGACCAUGAACAUGGUCAACUUGAAACAGGAAGCUAUAUCUGCAAAUAUGGUGUUGAUCACAGCAAUGAUCCCCCUCAUGACCACUGCCAAGAUCAACAACAUGAUGGCAAUCAUAAGUAUACAAACGACCACCAUCAUGGACAUGAGCAUCUCAGUCCAGACCACGAUGAAGACCCAUAUCGUCCGGUUGAAGAAGAAGACUUUCAGAAGAUGUACGGGGAGCAUUGUAGUAUUGAGAUGAUUUGUGAGGAAGACAGCAAGGAAGCUGAGGAAUGGGGACCAAACUGGUGGGCUAAGAAUAGAUUACAUCUUAUCAUCGUCAAAUGAACAUAUUUAUGAGACACAUUUAAGUAAGAUUUGUGGGCAGACAACAACCUGCAUCUUGUCAUUGUUAAAUGAACAUUUUAUUAGACUGAGUAAUAUUCACCUACCUGUAAGGCAAACAACAGGAUGCAUCCUGUCAUUGUUAGGUGAACAAUUUUCUGACACACCUUGAAGUGAGUUUCAAUUAGCUUGAGGGAGAAGGGGGAGGGGUAAAAACAGAUGACAUUUUGUCAUUCUUUGAUGAACUUUCACUUGCUUCUCUGAAUCAAUUUAUUUUUGUUUUCAUGACUUUUUCCAUGACCUUCAUGCACGUUGGUAUAUUUAGAUAUGGGAGUGUGGGAGAAACUUAUAAUAGGAACAUGUUUUCUUUGGGUAUCAUUGGCCUCAUAAUUGGUCAAUGGUAUUUUCAAUAUAUUGUUCAAAUGAUGUUCGUAUUUAAGUUGUUACUUUGCCAGUUUUCUGUCUUUUAUUUGUGACAUCAUUUGUGGCUAUGUAUUGCAAUCAAAAUGACCAGCAGUAACAGCAUAUGGAAUUGUUUUGGUAUAGAGUGGGGGAGGAUUAAAAGUAACCAGAGUACCAGACUUUAAUUUUUUUUCCUCUAAGCCAAUUCAACACUCCCUUCAUGCCCCUCCUCAGUUAUACAUAAACUUUAAAGUAUACCUUUAUACCUAUAAGUACAUGUAUGCUGUAACUAAGAACAAUGGUAGUUAUGAAACCAUAGGCUACAAAAUAUUGUUACUCCAGUUGUAAGUUGGAACAAUUAAGAUUGAUUGUGAUAAUGGUUGAUCUAUUUUUCUAGUAUACACGUAUCUCCCUCCCCUUGUAAAUAAAUAAUUUUUCCUGAUUUGGCGAAAGAAAUAAAAUAGGUAAUUAUAAUAGAACCGCAAUUAAGUAACAGAAAAUUGUAGUUUUUCUACAAAAAUAUCAAUUUGACUUUUGCCAUAAUUAGCUUUGAAUUUAUAAUUACAAUAAACUAAUUUAUGAAGUAUGGCCAUGCUACAAUCUUCUGUUGUUAUUUUUGUAUUUUCUUUCACUUUUUUUUAAUCUGUAAAUACUAUUUUUCAAUCAAACUUAAUGUUUGAUUUAAUAAACUUACAUUAUACUUGGAUCAUGAAUUUAUUUACAAAACUUUUUGUUAAGAUUCUAUUGAGAAGGACAUUACAUAUAAUCAUAGAAAUAAUGAUAACAUGGGCCACAGUGUGUUGGGGGCAUCCCCUCCCUACCAAUUUUAACAUUUUUCUGAAACCUCUGGAUAAUCUCUCCAAUAGCAGAAAAAUAAUAGAAUCAUUUAUCAAAUUUAAA